ACCAAAUGACAAUGUUAAUUUGGAUUGCUAAGUUUGCUGCACUUUUCAUGUGCUUGUUGUCCUUGAGAGAAGUUGAAUUAGUCACCGCUGGUGAGAGUGAUAUCUCAUGCCUAAAAUCAUUGAAAAAUUCCUUAGAAGAUCCUCUUGGCAUGCUUUCAUCUUGGGAUUUCACCAACAUUUCCGAAGGAUUUAUAUGCAGAUUUCCGGGGAUUCAAUGCUGGAACUCCCAAGAAAACAAGGUAUCUAACAUAGAACUCAGUAGAAUGGGACUGAAAGGCCAUUUUCCUUCAGGCCUGAAGAACUGCGCUAGCUUGAUUGUCUUGGACAUUUCGUACAAUCAGAUUUCUGGGCCUAUUCCUUCUGAUAUCGACGCCAUUCUGCCUUACAUUUCUUUCCUUGACCUUUCAAAUAAUCAGCUCUCCGGUACAAUCCCGCCUUCGAUUGCUAACUGUAGUUUCUUGAAUACUCUAAGACUCAGUGUUAAUCAGCUUAGUGGUCAAAUCCCAUAUGAAAUUGGCCUAAUGCCUCGUCUCCGCUACUUUGAUGUUUCCUACAACAUGUUAACAGGGCCGGUUCCAACGUUUUCUUUUAUUACUGAUGUAUCCCGGUUUAGCAAUAACUCGGGACUUUGUGACUAUCCAUUGGAGCCCUGCGAAACCAGUUCUGAAUCUUAUGAUCUUUCGACUUUCUUCCGGGGUCUCAUAACUGGUUGGGCUGUGUCUAUGAGUUUGGUCUUCUUUGCUUGUUUGUUUUUUGUUCCAGAAAUUGAUGUCAAGAAGCUGUUCCCUGAGUUUACCAAGAAGAAAAGUCCACUGAUGAAUCAACAAAGUCUACGGCAGGAAGCUGACGAUCUGAACGACGCUAUGAGGAUAGCAGAAAUGGAAAAAUAUGCUAGCAGAGUUUCUUUUGCAAAACUCUCUGAGGCAACAGGCAAUUUUAGCCCGGAUAGACUAAUCGGGAUCGGAAGAAUUGGAGCAACAUACAAGGCGACGAUCCCGGACGGGAUUUUUUUUGCUGUCAAACAGCUGUUCAGGGACGAGGAGCAUCUAUAUAGACGGAUUGCAUCAGUGAUAUUAAGUCUGGCAAGAUUAAGGCACCAUAGACUAGUUCCUCUAAAAGCUUACUGCCUUAACAAAAAUGGGUUCUUUUUAGUGUACAGAUAUAUGAAAAAUGGAAACCUACAUGAAUGGCUACAUCAAAGAAGGCAAGGAACUGAGGUGGAAAUCAUGGGAUACUGGCCGUUGAGAUUGAAGAUUGCUGCUGGAGUAGCAGAAGGAUUAGCCUGGCUACAUCGGAACCGCGAUAUAUCCGUAGUUCAUGGAUCCAUAUGCUCCAAAUGCAUCUUGCUGGAUAAACAUUUUGAACCUAAAAUUUCAAACUUUUGGGAGGCCAAAUUUAUUACAAAAUGGGAUGAUAGUGAAGAGUUUGAAGAUGAUUACAAGAGGGAUGUUUACUUGUUUGGAAUAAUGCUUCUUGAGAUAAUAACUGGGAAGGAACCUGAAGAAUUGGUUAGCAUAAUGAGAGAUAUUGUUAAUCGUCCUUCUUCUUCUUCCUCUGUUUUGCUCCCCUUGCCAAUUGAUUUCGAGUUGGAUGAAAUCUUGGCCGAUCAAGGAUUUGAAGAUGAAAUUGUGCAGUGCCUUGAGUUAGCCAAGAGCUGUGUAAGCUCUAAUCCAAGCCAGAGGCCAUCUAUGGUUCAAGUACAUGCAACAUUGGCUGUGUUUGCAAGGAUGAUUACCUACACAGAUGAUUUAUAGGUUUCUAGCUCUUAGAAAGUUGAAACAACUCCCUGUCUAUAUGAUAAUAAUGUAAGCUCUAAGAAGAUAGAAAUUUCAUAUUCUCUCCGUCCCAAGAUGAUAUUCUGCAAUGCCUUGAGUUAGCUAAGAACUGUCUGCGGUCUAAUCCAAGCCAGACAACAUCCAUGGUUCAAGCACAUGCAACAUUGGUUGGGUUUGCCCGGAUGAUUAAUUAUCUAAAAAAAGAUGAUUUAUGGAUUUCCCUUUUGAAAAGUUGAAACAAAAC